UUGCAACCUGUCUGUCUUGCAGGGGCAACACUAUAUAAAUGUAUUAACAGAGCAAUAGGCACUUUCCUUGCUGGUUCACUUGGCGUUGGCGUUCAUUGGGCUGCAAGUCACUCUGGAGAUAAACUCGAGCCCAUAAUUCUUGGAAUCUCAGUUUUCCUUCUUGGUGAGUUAGAAUCUGUUCCCAAAACAGAUUUCCUCCCCUUGCGAUUCUUCCUUUUGUUUUCUGUCUUGUUCCAUUUAUGACUUGCGUCCACUCACACCCCCUUGUCUAAGUUACAGCUUCAGCAGCAACCUUUUCGCGGUUUAUACCAUCCGUUAAAGCCCGAUUUGAUUAUGGUGUUUUGAUUUUCAUCCUGACCUUUAGCUUAGUGUCCGUUUCUGGUUAUCGCGUGGAUAAAUUGAUUGAUGUUGCACAUCAGAGGUUGUCCACAAUUGGUAUUGGGGCCUCCCUUUGCGUUCUCAUAUGCAUGUUAUUCUAUCCAAUCUGGGCUGGCAAAGAGCUUCACAAUUUGAUUCAUCGUAACCUGGAAAAGCUUGCUGAUGCAUUAGAUGGAUGUAUUGCUGAGUACUUUACAGACAGCAGUGCUGGAGAUUCUUGGAAGAAAAUUGGAGGCUAUAAAUGUGUUCUUAAUUCAAAGGCAGCUGAAGAUUCUAUGGCUGGCUUUGCAAGAUGGGAGCCUGCACAUGGUCGAUUUAACUUCCGGCAUCCAUGGAAGCAGUACCUAAAGGUCGGGGCGUCGCUACGAAGCUGCGCAUAUUGCAUUGAAACUCUCGAUGGUUGCCUAAACUCAGAAAUUAAGGCACCUGAGCUUCUAAGGAGGCAUCUCAGUGAUGCCUGCAUCACAUUGAGCUCCUCUGCUUCGUUUGUCUUGAAAGAAUUGGCUGCUACAGUUAAGACCAUGAGAAAAUCAUCAGAAAUAGACUUCUCAAUUGGAGAGAUGCAAUUUGCAGUACUAAAACUUGAAAACGCCAUGAAAUCUCUUCCUAACCACCUUAUUGCCACACCAUCCUCAACAUCGGAUGGAGAUGCCAAAGCAGAGCCUAUCAGAAAAACCGCUACACCAUCAUCUGUCAUGGAGAUUCUUCCACUAGCAACACUGGUAUCUAUGCUAACAGAAACGGCAGCAAGAAUCAAAGAAAUUGCUGAUGAAGUCAAUGAGCUUGCAAAGCUAGCAGAUUUCAAGCCUCCUAACACCAAAAAGGCUAGCCAAAGCCAAUCCAGCAACCAAGUUGACGAGCCAUCAAACAAUGAAGAACGCACCAAAGGUCUGGGAUAAUCCUGAUUACACUAUCCAUUAACUCCUGUUGUUUCUGGUAGAAAACUAAUGAAGCACACAGUACUCUACAGCAAAGCAGAUCGUAAUUGCCAAAACUUUUUACGCUAUGCUUAAAGAAACCUUAUUUUCAGUUGCCAUGCGUAAAAAGCAACUUCUGUCCUUACUCUCCCAGGAUGUACUCGUGCUGGUCAUUUAAGCACUUAUCUCCUAAUGGCAUGUUAAUUUAAAACUUAGGGCAAUUGCCCGGCACCAGCCAACUUAAUUUAUGGAUUCCACCUGGGAAAUCUUUUGUUA